AUGAGCCUCGAGUGCCAGCUGGAUGAUUUGUUCUGGGUCAGCGAGGGAGCCAACUGCUACGUGUACGAGGUGAAUCCUCUCAUUGUCGUAAAGGUACCGAAAGCUGGGGACCAAGAGAGAGAACAGUUCCGCAAAGAGGUUGAGAUCUUCGACAUUCUCUCACAUCAUCCACCAUGUCCCUAUGUGAUAUCCUGCUUCUUGCACACCAACGAUUGUAUCUUUCUUGAAUAUAUGAGAGAUAUCUGCCUUUCCUGGCGAAUUCAACAAAAUCACAUCCGGGACCAUGAAACAAUGCGGGUUAUUAGCGUGGAAAAAUUUGAGCCACUCCACCUGCGAAAGUCAUGGAUGAGUGAUCUUUCUCAUGGCGUCGCUUUUCUCGAGUCUCUAAACCUUGCGCAUGGUGAUCUUAGACCUGAGAAUAUUCUGCUUGAUCGCAAUCACCUUAAGCUUUCAGAUUUUGACAGCACCUCUCACAUUGGAUCACAAUUCGAAACUUGCAUUGCUCCAUACGGUCGACUGCUUGGUAGUGAAGGUGGACCCUUCCAAGGAACUGCAGGCCUACUUGGCCCACGAACAGAGCAAUUUGCACUUGGUUCAUUAUUCUAUCUAAUAAACUAUGGAUUUGAGGUUUAUGGUGAUCAAUGUUUUGGCGAUGAUCCCUCUGGUAAGGAGCAUGGGUCUCUUGUCAUGGAUCUGCUACAAAUGAUGAUAUUUCCAGAUUUGAACCAGGAGCCAAUGAUUGACUCCAUAAUCAGAAGAUGCUGGUUCGGCGAGUACAAGACAGUGGCAGAAUUGGCAGCAGAUACAAAAAAGCUAUGCAGCAUAGGCAGUGAGACUUCCAGAGGCAAUAUUGAAGGGGUUAAGCGUUCGGCACCCAUAUCUGUGGACGACUUCUCAUCACAGAGGAAAUUGUGUGAGGAUUUAGUCAGGUGUGGAAUACCUAAGGCUCUCUCUUUGCAGAAUCCCCGACAACUUGGGCUCCCAAUAAAACGAAGGCACGUGUGUUGGGAACUACUAUGGUAG